GUGAAAGGGGACUGAUUAUUAGUGUGAGCAGUGAGGGGCAGUGUCCCUCAGUCUGCAGUAUGGGAGGCAUGCUGAGGGCUGCUCCGUCCCUGAUAGACAGAAUAACACAUGUUGGCUCAGCUUAGAGGACACUUUUUAACAUGCCAUGGGAUUAAAAUACAAAUUGAACACCUGCAGCCAGGAAACAUUUUGACCUCAGCAGAAUUUGAAGGUGGGUCAGCCCCUCUGGCAGCAUCGGUGGACUACAGUCCCCACAUUCCUCAGAUAGGAUGUUUCUGUGGGCAGGAAGUAAAGCAACAGAUGGCAGAAGUGACCGCAGUUCCAUCUACCAGAAGUUCCGUGAAUAUGAUGUCCUGGACAAGAGGAAGACGAUGACAGCUCAUAGGGCAGGAGAGGACAGAGCCAUACUGCUGGGCCUCAGCAUGGUCGUCUUCUCUGUCAUGAUGUACUUUGUCCUGGGAAUCACCAUACUGCGCUCUUACUCUGACAGCGUGUGGACUGAUGAGGCUAGCUGCACUAUCGUGAACUCCACCAUCGUGGGCGAUGUCAACUGCUCAUACAGCUGUGGAGCAGAGUGCAGGAAGAGUUCCCGUUACCCCUGUCUCCAGGUCUACGUGAGCCUCAACUCCUCAGGAAAGGUGCUACGACUGUUGCACAACGAGGAGACGCAGGACAGCAACCCUGAGUGCUUCUACUUCCCAAAGUGCCGUAAGGACUAUGCAGCCACGCAUGUGAUCGUUCAGAACAUUUCUGAGCGUCUCAGGUCUCAGCACACAGUUCAGUGUUUCGUGGACCCUACAGACAGAACUGACAGUGCCAUCCUGACACAGAUCUACGGUCGGGUUGCCGUCUUCCACUCCCUGUUCUGGCCAACCUGCACCUUGAUUGUAGGAAUCAUUAUCAUUGCCAUGGUGAAGCUGACCCAGUACCUGUCCAUCAUGUGCGAGCGACAAAGCCACAUUAAGAAGUGAAAGAAGUUCAAAAGGAAGUCCCUGUUAUAUGGACAUGGGGACAACUGAACAAACUUCAUGGGGGCAAGGCAGAAAGACAAAGACGAAAAAGCUGUUUCACGGCCAGAAGUGGUCUGUGACAGCUGGAAUGUUGGGGUUCAAAGACAUGCAUCAGUGACAAUCUAAUUUAAAAGCAGCUAAAACGAGAAGCAUGUACUUUUGAGAGUGUGUAGUAAGUGUAUUUCCCAAAAAUGUUGAACUAUUUCUUUGGAAGGGGACAUAUCAAAAAUACUGUUUUUCAGUGCUUGUGCACAUACCUUUGUGUAUCUCGGGUGCCUACCAACCCUCAAACUGUAAAAUAAGACAACCCAGUUAGUUGUUUGUGGGCUGCCUAUAUCUAUACUAGAGGUUCUUAACGUUUUCUAGCCAAUGUUGCCCUUACAAGAUAGAGAAUUUUGCAGGGACCCCCUCAUGUAUGUCCCGUAGCCUGUUUUUACACUUGUAUAGUCUUAGUAUGGAUUUCUUUGAUUAGAACAUAAUCUGUGAACUAUCAUAGAUUUUAAAUUAAAAUAUUAUUUUUUACAACAUCAAUUGCA